AUGUGCUGCAACUACUACGGGAGCUCCUAUGGGGGCUGUGGCUACGGCUCUGGCUACGGCUGUGGAUAUGGCUGUGGAUACGGCUCCAGAUACGGCUGUGGAUACGGCUCUGGCUACGGCUGUGGAUAUGGCUCUGGCUACGGCUGUGGAUAUGGCUCUGGCUACGGCUGUGGAUAUGGCUCUGGCUACGGCUGUGGAUAUGGCUGCGGAUACGGCUCCAGAUAUGGAUGUGGCUAUGGAUCUGGCUACGGCUAUGGCUGCUGUACCUGCCGACCAUGUUGCUACAGGCGAUGCUAUUCCUCUUGCUGCUAG